AUGUCUAUAACACUUUAUUUUAAUCCUUAUUCUCAUAGAUGUUUAUCUGUUAAGACAGUCUUAUUGUUAACUAAGUCUGACUUCAAUGAAAAAAUUAUAGAUGUUUUAAAGGGAGAAAAUCUCAAGCAGGCUUUUACUAAUAUCAAUCCUAAUCAAACCGUCCCUGCAAUUACUGAAGGAUUUUUCAGUUUAUUUGAAAGCCAUGCUAUAAUGAAAUACAUUUGUAUAAAUAAACCCGAUUUCAAAUUAUAUCCUAAUGUAAAAAAUAUUAUUAUUAUAAGACAUUAUAACAAAGAGCUUUAAUAGAUUCGUAUUUAGAUUGGCAUUAAAAUGAAUUUACUAAACUUUUAGAUUACUCUAAAGAAUGUUAUUUGUAACCAUUAUUGAUAGGAAACAAAGUUCCUGAAAAUAGAGUUUCAAGAUUAGUAGAUGUAGAAGAAGUUAUGCAUUUUUUUAUCAAAACAUUCUUAAACAAUGGACAAUAUAAUUAUGUUUUUGAUUAACCCAACUUUACUCUUGCAGAUAUUAGGUAAUCAAUUUUAUAAUUUUGAAGAGCAGUCUGUGAUUUGACUUCAUUAUUUAUUUGCAAUUUUGAUUUUGAGAAGUUUCCCGUAUUAGAACAAUAUAUUUGGAGAAUGUUUAAAAUUACAGAUUUAUAUCAAUCACAUAAGGAUUAUUUUAAUUUAAUAUAGAAAUAAAAAUAUAAAAAUCAGUUCAUUUAAUCAAUAUUGACUAAAUAACUUAAAUAAGAACAAAUUACUCUAUAUUUUCAUCCACUUUCAUCACCAUCAAGAGCUGUAAGAUCAUUAUUAUUAUUGGCUUAAAUUGAUUUUGAUGAAAAAGUUAUAGACAUUCUGAAAUCCGAAAACAAAUCUGAUUAAUAUACUAAAAUUAAUCCCAAUCAAACAGUUCCCUCAAUUAAAUAAGGCACCUUUACACUUUUUGAAAGUCAUGCUAUUUUAAAAUACAUUUGCGAAUAAUAUAGGCUAUUUGACUUUUAUCCUUAAGAGAAUUUAAGACUUAAGGCAUUAAUUGAUAAUUAUCUUGAUUUUCAUCUGAAUGAAAUGAAAUAAAUCACAGAUUAUGUUCUGAAUUCAUAAAAGAUUUUGAAUGAACAAGAAUUAAAAGAAAAAUAACUAAAUAUAGAUAAAUUGUUAUAAUUUUUUGUUAAAAUCUUUCUAAAUGAAGGAAAAUAUAAAUACAUCUAUAAUCAUAAAACCAUUUCAAUUGCAGAUUUGAGGUAUUAAUUUAUCUAAUUAUUUUAGUGCUGUUAAUGAAAUUUUAUUUUUAGUUAUGAUAAAUUAUGAUUUUAAUUAGGUACCUCAAAUCUAAAAAUAUAUAACCAAUAUUAUAGAUAAUGAGUAUGUGAAGUAGUCUAAUAAAGAAUAUUUAUCAACAAUAAGCAGUAAUUAACAUAAUAAUUUUAAUUAAUUUAAUAAGUAAAUAAUAACAACUUAAAAAAAGAGAGGAUGUUGUUGA